AUGGCCAUGCCGAUGCCGCCACCGCCGCCCGCAGGCAUGCCUCCGAUGGGGCCGAUGGGUCCGAUGGGGCCGAUGGGGCCGAUGGGACCGAUGGGUCCGCCGCCGGCAGCCGACAUGGCUGGGAUGGGGACGAUGCCAGUGAUGCACGCGGCCUUCUUCUGGGGGCACCGAGCGCAGGUACUCUUCCGCGACUGGCCCGGAGACCGUGCCGGCGCAGGUAUGUACGUCCUCUGCCUCUUCAUCGUCCUCACGCUCGCCGCGCUCGUGGAGGCCCUCUCCGCGGCGUCGAGGGGGGUCUCCAGCCGCCGGCCGGCCGUGGUGCUGGCGCUCACGGGGCUCCACGCGGUGAAGAUGGCGCUGGCCUACCUGGUGAUGCUGGCUGUCAUGUCGUUCAACGUCGGCGUCCUCCUCGCUGCCGUCGCCGGACACGCGAUCGGGUUCCUCCUCGCGCGGAGCGCCGUGUUCCGCCAAGCGACUCCGGGUGACGCGCCACAGAACGGUGCUCUCGUUCCCUCGGAGGGGCGACAUGCGCGGACUGCCAUCGAUCAACAAGGCCAUCAUCUCCCUGCUCCCGAAGGUUGA